GAAAAGCUGUUUGACGCGGUAAGUAAGAAAGUAGAGUAUGGGUUGCUCGUGCACGCAACUGAUACCUCGAGCGGAGAGCUCGCGGGAUAUCCGCAGCUGGGGGCAGGUUAGAGCAGGGCUGGCAAUGCAAAGGACGGACCCCAGGAGCUGAGGACCCGGGGUGCGCUGGUUUGUCCGGGUGUGAGCGCAAAGGCGUGCACGGGAGCCGGGCUGGAGGCGCGGAAGUACAGGGCACUUGUGUCAGCUCCCUGUACAAGAGGCAAGGCGACAGUAUCAGAAAGUCCAGUAAGAAGUAGGAAUGAACCGGGAGUAGUGGCGCUCUUUUAUCCCCCACACUCGAGAGGCAGAGGCAAGCGAUCCUGAGUUUGAGGCUAGUUUAGUCUACAGAGUUGAGUUCCAGGAUAACCAGGGAUACACAGAGAAACCCUGCCUCAAAAGCCCAAAUUAAAAAAAAAAAAGUAGGAAUGGGAGAAAAAGCAAUGCCUCAACCUUUCCUUUUUCCUUAGUGCGCGCACGCGCGCGCCAUGGUGCACACGUGCAGAUCUGAGGACAACUUUGUGGUGGUGUUCUUCUCUUUCCACUAUGUGGGUUCCCUAUGAUCUAAUUCAGGCUGUUCAGCUUGACCAACAAGCUCAAUUAUCUAUUCCGCUGGCACACCGGAUGUGAUGCUUUAUAUAAUAAAUAAAACAAGCAAAUUGAUACUAGAGAGGGCAGUCUGCUUACCCAGCCUGGUGUUUGGUUGGGGGGGUGAGACAUAUCCCAAAGUCCCACAGUCCCAGAGCAGCUGUCACUGCAGGGUCCCAGAGGAGAGAAACCAAGUGUGAAGCUCACUGUGUGAGAUACCCUGGGGAAAAUGAAUGGUUACUGUGUUAGCGUACCACUGUCACCACAGCAUGAGUGGGAGUCUAGACACCUGUCCUGCGGGAUGCUGUAGCUUCAGAGAGCGUCCCUCUAGUGAGUGGGGUUUGCACCUAGGUUGACUGUCCUGAGGGGAGGAGGAAAAUUGUGCCUCCAAGAUAGUUAUCUCGGGAGCAUCCCUGUCCGGGAUAAGGGGAGACUGAGGUGACAGAAGCAGUUAGUGGGAGUGGGAGAUGCUUGAGGGACCACCCUCCAGGAGUGGUACAGGAGUACUUGGAUUCGGCAGUCCUGGGAGAGGUGACAUGAAACAAUUGUUAAGCUUUUGGAGGCAGGAGGGUGGCAAGUUCUAAACCUGCUUGGGCAACUUAGUGAGACGUUGUCUCAAAAUGAGUAAAAAGAGGGCUGGGUAUAUAGUUAGCAGUACAGCCAAGAAUUCCCUCCGUGAGGGGCUAGGGUGUGACUGGGUGUUGAGCCCUGCUGAGUUCAAUCCCCAGACCUCUACUGGCUUUUGAGAGUCAGGCUUUAUAGCUCAGAUUGGCUUUGAAUUUGCCCUGAGGUAUGUACAUCUUGGGUUAUGGGUGCUGCCAGACCCAGUGUGGAUUGGCUUACCUCCGGGAGGGAUGUUGUGAGCGACUUACUGGCAGAGCUAUUCCUUAUAGCACCGCCUUCCCACUCUGUUCUGUGGGAGCCAGCUCCACGCUUCCCCUGCCUCCUUCCAGGAGGUGUCUUUGCUUCCUGACCUGGUGAGGGACGGAUGCUCAUUUUCUCUGCAGUGCAGAGGCAUGUCCCUUGUUUGGGUCAGCGGUCCUCAGUGGUGUCUAGUGGCAUUUGUUUGUGCAGCAUGUUGAACUGUUGGGAAGUUGUAGCUGGCGUGACACUUCACCACCAGCACCCUCUCCAGAGUCCCCUAAGAGCAGCAUCCACGUGCAUCCGCAGUCUAGUAACCUGAUCUGCCAGCUCAACCUGGGGCAGUGCAGGCAGUUCCUAGCACGCAGUCCGUCCAUAGCCACACCUGCCUGCCUCUCCUUGGCUGUUUCAGCAGCUUUUUCUAUCCUUAGGGGCCUGACACGGUACCUACAGUCCCAACUGCAAACCCAGAGCCUUACUCCCCAGCUUUAUAAAAUGUGAUCUUGCAAUGCAGCGUGGUCUAAACUCGAACACAGGACCCUCCUGUCCCAACUUCUCAGAUGGAUGGUAAACGGCGGCAAGCGCCCAGCUCUGGGGUGCCCCCAAAGCGGGCUUGCAAGGGCCUCUGGGAUGAAGAUGAGCCGUCACAGUUUGAGGAGAACCUGGCGCUGCUGGAGGAGAUAGAGGCCGAGAAUCGGCUGCAGGAGGCCGAGGAGGAGCUGCAGCUGCCCCCUGAGGGCAUUGUGGGUGGGCAGUUUUCCACUGCAGACAUUGACCCACGGUGGCUGCGGCCCACCCCACUUGCCCUGGACCCCAGCACGGAGCCCCUCAUCUUCCAGCAGCUGGAGAUUGACCACUAUGUGGGCACAUCACCUCCCCUGCCAGAAGGACCCCCCGCAUCUCGUAACUCAGUGCCCAUACUGAGGGCCUUUGGGGUCACCGAUGAGGGCUUCUCCGUCUGCUGCCACAUCCACGGCUUUGCCCCCUACUUCUACACCCCUGCACCUCCGGGUUUUGGGGCUGAGCACCUGAGUGAACUACAGCGGGAGCUGAAUGCAGCCAUCAGCCGGGACCAGCGUGGUGGAAAGGAGCUCUCGGGGCCGGCAGUGCUAGCUAUAGAGCUGUGCUCCCGUGAGAGCAUGUUUGGGUACCAUGGCCACGGCCCUUCUCCCUUUCUCCGCAUCACCCUGGCACUACCCCGCCUGAUGGCGCCAGCCCGCCGCCUCCUGGAACAGGGUAUCCGAGUGCCAGGCCUGGGCACCCCGAGCUUUGCACCCUAUGAAGCCAAUGUGGACUUUGAGAUCCGGUUCAUGGUGGAUGCUGACAUUGUGGGAUGCAACUGGUUGGAGCUCCCAGCUGGAAAGUACGUUCGGAGGGCAGAGAAGAAGGCUACACUGUGUCAGCUGGAGGUGGAUGUGCUGUGGUCAGACGUGAUCAGUCACCCACCAGAAGGGCAGUGGCAGCGCAUCGCACCCCUGCGUGUGCUUAGCUUCGACAUCGAGUGCGCUGGCCGAAAAGGCAUCUUCCCUGAGCCUGAGCGUGACCCCGUGAUCCAGAUCUGUUCUCUGGGGCUGCGCUGGGGUGAGCCAGAGCCCUUCUUGCGCCUAGCACUCACGCUGCGGCCUUGCGCCCCCAUCCUGGGUGCCAAAGUACAGAGCUAUGAACGGGAAGAAGACCUGCUCCAGGCCUGGGCCACUUUCAUCCUCGCCAUGGACCCUGACGUGAUCACCGGCUACAACAUUCAGAACUUUGACCUCCCCUACCUCAUCUCUCGGGCACAAACCUUAAAGGUGGACCGAUUCCCUUUCCUGGGCCGUGUGACUGGUCUCCGCUCCAACAUCCGUGACUCCUCCUUCCAAUCAAGGCAGGUGGGCCGGCGGGACAGUAAGGUGGUCAGCAUGGUGGGUCGCGUUCAGAUGGAUAUGCUGCAGGUGCUGCUUCGGGAGUACAAGCUCCGCUCCUACACGCUCAACGCUGUGAGCUUCCACUUCCUGGGUGAGCAGAAGGAGGACGUACAGCACAGCAUCAUCACUGACCUACAGAAUGGGAAUGAACAGACGCGUCGCCGCCUGGCCGUGUACUGCCUGAAGGAUGCCUUUCUGCCUCUUCGCCUACUCGAGCGCCUUAUGGUGCUGGUGAACAAUGUGGAGAUGGCGCGUGUCACUGGUGUACCCCUUGGGUACCUGCUCAGCCGAGGCCAGCAGGUCAAGGUCGUGUCUCAGCUGCUGCGCCAGGCCAUGCGCCAGGGGCUGCUGAUGCCUGUGGUGAAGACGGAGGGAGGUGAGGACUACACGGGAGCCACUGUCAUUGAGCCCCUCAAAGGGUACUAUGAUGUCCCCAUUGCCACCCUGGACUUCUCCUCUCUGUACCCAUCCAUCAUGAUGGCCCACAAUCUGUGCUACACCACAUUGCUACGGCCUGGGGCUGCCCAGAAGUUGGGCCUUAAACCAGAUGAGUUCAUCAAGACACCCACUGGGGAUGAGUUUGUGAAGGCAUCUGUGCGGAAGGGCCUCCUGCCCCAAAUCCUGGAGAAUCUGCUGAGUGCCCGGAAGAGGGCCAAGGCUGAGCUGGCUCAGGAGACGGACCCCCUGCGGCGACAGGUCUUGGAUGGACGGCAGCUGGCACUAAAAGUGAGUGCCAACUCUGUGUAUGGCUUCACUGGUGCCCAGGUGGGCAAGCUGCCGUGUUUGGAGAUCUCCCAGAGUGUCACUGGGUUCGGGCGGCAGAUGAUUGAGAAAACCAAGCAGCUAGUGGAGACCAAGUACACUCUGGAAAAUGGCUACGAUGCUAAUGCCAAGGUGGUCUACGGUGACACUGACUCUGUGAUGUGCCGAUUUGGUGUCUCCUCUGUGGCUGAGGCAAUGUCUCUGGGGCGGGAGGCUGCAAACUGGGUAUCCAGUCACUUCCCAUCACCCAUCCGGCUGGAGUUCGAGAAGGUUUACUUUCCCUACCUGCUCAUCAGCAAGAAGCGCUAUGCCGGCCUACUCUUCUCCUCCCGCUCUGAUGCCCAUGACAGAAUGGACUGCAAGGGCCUGGAGGCUGUGCGUAGGGACAACUGUCCCCUGGUGGCCAACCUUGUCACAUCCUCUCUGCGCAGAAUCCUCGUGGAUCGGGACCCUGAUGGUGCAGUAGCCCAUGCAAAGGAUGUCAUCUCGGACCUGCUGUGCAACCGCAUAGACAUCUCCCAACUGGUCAUCACCAAAGAGUUGACCCGCGCAGCAGCAGACUACGCGGGCAAGCAGGCUCAUGUGGAGCUGGCUGAGAGGAUGAGGAAGCGUGACCCCGGCAGUGCGCCCAACUUGGGCGACCGAGUACCCUACGUGAUCAUUGGUGCUGCCAAGGGUGUGGCCGCCUACAUGAAGUCGGAGGACCCCCUGUUUGUGCUGGAGCACAGCCUGCCCAUUGAUACUCAGUACUACCUGGAGCAGCAGCUGGCCAAGCCGCUAUUGCGCAUCUUUGAGCCCAUUCUGGGUGAGGGCCGCGCGGAGUCAGUGCUGCUGCGCGGUGACCACACACGCUGCAAAACCGUGCUCACCAGCAAGGUGGGCGGCCUUCUGGCCUUCACCAAGCGCCGAAACUCUUGUAUUGGCUGCCGCUCCGUAAUCGACCAUCAAGGAGCCGUGUGUAAGUUCUGUCAGCCACGGGAGUCUGAGCUCUAUCAGAAGGAGGUGUCACACCUGAAUGCCCUGGAGGAACGUUUCUCGCGCCUCUGGACACAGUGCCAGCGCUGCCAGGGCAGCUUGCACGAGGAUGUCAUCUGUACCAGCCGCGACUGUCCCAUCUUCUACAUGCGCAAGAAGGUGCGCAAGGACCUGGAGGACCAGGAACGGCUGCUGCAGCGCUUUGGACCUCCUGGCCCUGAGGCCUGGUGACCUGACAAGGGACAGGGAAUAAAGUUCAGACUUUUUGCUA